CAAGUAUUUGCAAUUUCUUGACUCUCGCUUGAUCGACGGCUCUUUCUACAAGUAGAUCCUUCGACCAGGAGAAUAACAGUCCCUGCUUGUCUUUGUAGCAAUUGAAUUGACCUUGUCAACUGAUCGCAUUGUCCACUCUCCCUGACAGAGCAUUCAAUUACCUCGGCCCAGCCUCGCCUUAGGAAGUAAAAAACAAUGGCCUCUACGAGCACUUCGAUACCUACAUAUACCAUUAUCCAAGCCGACGGUCUCUAUCCGGUACUAUGAUGCCGCCCGAGUCGCAAAUCAUCUUGGCCGCAAUACUGACCACGUCAAACUAGGACGAUGUGGUCGAGCAAAAGAUGUUGACCGAAACCCCCACGCACGAGUACAAAGUUCGAUAUGCGCAGACCUUUUUAUGGCCGCCGGGUGAGCCCCUAGCAAAGCCAUGGUCGGCAAUCGACAAGGAGCUCCGCGACCAAGUCGACGGUAUUCUGGUGUUGAAAAUGCCAUUCACGGCCAAAGACUUAGCACUCUUCCCCAAACUAAAAGUUAUUGUCCGCAUGGGCGUGGGCUAUGAUCGUCUCGACCGAGUAGCCCUUGCAGCUCGAGGAGUCACCGUGUGCAAUGUUCCAGACUACGGCACGGCGGAGAUCGCAGACCACGCGCUGGCACUAGCAUUGUCACUCCGGAGAGGAGUCCUUCUGCACCACGAGCAUCAACGCGGACCUAAUCCCGCACCAUGGGCGUAUAUCGACUCUCCACUUGUUGCACGCAUCCAGGGAGCCACGUUCGGCAUCUUGGGUCUAGGCCGCAUCGGCACGGCCGCGGCUCUGAGGGCGAAGGCUUUUGGCUGGAAGGUACUGUUUUACGACCCGUACAAGCCCAACGGUACGGAUAAAUCGCUAGACAUCGAGCGGACCAAGGACAUCAAAGAGCUUUUCCGACGGUCAACGACACUGAGCAUUCAUUGUCCCUGUACCCGAGAGACGCGGAACAUGGUCGGAUACGAGCUACUGAGCUUGCUGCCCCGUGGGGCCGUCUUCGUCAACACGGGUCGUGGCGAAGUGGUCGACCUCGACGCCGUCGAACGGUGCUUGCGAGAAGGCAUCAUCUCUGGCGCCGGUCUUGAUGUGCUACCUCAAGAGCCUAUACCCGAGCCUGCUCAUCCUCUGAUCCAAGCGUACAGGAACAAGGAAGAGUGGUUGACGGGCCGUAUGGCGCUGACAUGUCACACGGCGUUCUACAGUCCAGGGAGCUUUGUGGACAUCCGAGAGAAAUCGUGCCAGACGAUCAGAGAUGUGCUGAUAGACAAGCUCGACAGCAACAUCAUAACGCCAGAUAUGGAAUAAGGCACGUCAUGUUGACAGGACCGACAGUAAAGACAAGAGCCCAAAACCGACACCAUAAAAUGGGACUCUCUUCAAAAUACUAGCCAGUUUAUGUGAAUUCCAUCGGCCCUACUUGCGAAUCCUAGUACUCAUAGGUAUUUCUUCAUGAAAGCAUACAUCGCCGAGUUUUCA